AUGUUCCAAAGGGACUACAGGAGAAAGAUUCCAGGAUGGAAGCUGAUGUUGGACAUUGGCCGUACCACCUUCACGAUGAUGCCCUUCAGUUGGGCUGCCAUCGGCAGCCGACUCGAGCUGCCCGUGGCAGUGGAGUUUGCGCCGGGCGGCGCGCUGGAGGUCGUGGGAGUGGGGGACUUCCUGGGCGACUGGCUCGCCCCCGAUGAGGUGCCCAGCUUCGUGAAGUCCUUCGCUCUUCUGGCGGCCUUGUUUCCUCAGGGGCCAGAGAGGCCGCUCAAGCCCACCAUCACCGAAGGGCGCUGGGAAGUUGCUGCGGAGGACCCGCGGCUCGUGCGCUUCUUCCUGACGACGAGCGGCUUCCGCCGCGACGACCUGUGGCUCCCCGAGGGCCAGCUUCGCUUCCGUGCCAAGGCCUAUGGGUCCAUCCUGGCUCAAGGCAGCGAUGCCACAGUCACCAUCCGGGAAAGCCGCGCCCUCUUUGGCGCUGCCUUCGGUGCCUUUGCCGGUUUGACGUUGGGCCCCGGAGGAGUGGUCGUCUGCGCUGCUGUGGCAGGGUACGCCCUGCGUCGAGUCGCCAUCGUCAUCGGCGAGUGGCGCUGUGAGCGCUGUGAGGAGCGGGUCUUCCAGUUUCCAGCUACUUGCAGGGAUGCCUCGGACGAUGUUGGAUAUCAGAUCCUUACGAUGUCGCUGGCCAUUGGCGAUUUGUUCGCUCGCCGUGAAAAGCGACGGAUGGACAACUCCAUCAAGAACUACUCCACUCGUCCCUGGCGAGAUGUAUGGACAAGCCACUAUCCAUUGGUGAUGCCAUGCUCGCCAUGUGCUGGAGAUCAAGGGGGGCUCUGCUGGACUACAACAACACUGGCUAUUACGUCCGCCAAGUAG